AACCUUUCUAAAAAUGAAACAACCAUCUUUCCAAAUUUGACCACUAAAAAACAUGGCUGCUUCUCCAAAACCUCCUUCUACUAAACGCCGGACCACCAAACGCAAAACCACCGCUACCACCGCCACCAUCACCCUUUCUCCGCUAACCGCCGCUAUAACAACCGCCCUCACAUCAUCCCACUCCUUCUUCCACAACCACGAGCUUCACCUCCUCCCGUCUCAAUCUGUCUCCCUUCAAUCUUCCCUCUCUUCCGUCUUCCUUUCUCUCUCCAAACUCCAACCCCAUUUUCAGCUCGCACUACCUCUCUCCUCCCCCUCCUCUUCCUGCUGUUGGUUUCAGCGUUUUCUCCUUUCUUCUUCAAACGAUGAAGAUCCUAGGUGGGUUGAUUUCUUCCGAAUGUCAAAACCCACUUUUUAUCGCCUUAAUUCCAUCCUAAGUAAUUCUAUUUCAUCUGUUCUUCCUUCGUCAAUUUCUCCUGAUUUUGCAAUUGGUGCUGCUAUUUGUAGACUCGCGCAUAAUUGGUCGUUUUCCUUUGUCGGUAAACGGUUUGGGUUGAGCUCGAGUGAUGCUUGUAGGGUUUUUUAUGCUGUUUGUAAGGUGAUUUGUGAACAAUUAGGAGGUUAUUUGGGUGGAUUUGGGUCGGAAUUAAGAGAUAUUGUUGUGGGUUUUGAGCGGAUUUCAUUGAUUAAUUGUUGUGGGGUUUUAGGGGUUGAGAAAUUCCCAAUUGAAGGGGAAUUAUUGGGGGGAAAUGGAUUUUUGAUGAUUCAAGCUUUGGUUGAUAGUGAUGGUAGAUUCUUGGAUGUUUCUGCCGGUUGGCCUAGUACAUUCGACCCCGAUUCGAUUUUACGACAAACUAGGUUGUUCUUGAGUGUGGACGAAUCUAAAGAGUUGUUGAAUGGUCCAGAAGUUGAGCUAAUUGAUGGGAGUUUGAUGCCUCAGUAUAUAAUGGGUGAUUCUUGUUACCCUUGUUUGCCAUGGCUUUUGACUCCUUUUGCUAGGAGGGGUGAGGCAGAGGAUUCAAGCUCGAGUAAAAAGGAGUUCAAUGAGGCGCAUAAGAGAGCAACGGAUUUGGUAAGGAUGGCAUUUGGGAGGGUUAGAGCUAAUUGGAAGUUGCUUGAUAGAAAGUGGAAGGAGGAGUUUGCUGAGUUCUUACCUUUCAUUAUCAUCACUGCUUGUGUGCUGAAUAAUUUUUUGAUGAAGCACGGAGAACUAUUAAGUCAUGGUGAUCUUGGCUGUGUUCGAGAGCAGGAUAUACCGGUUUUUGACGGCGAGGUCGAUGAGAGUGCUGCAAGGAUUAGGGAUUUGUUGGCAUUGCAUCUUAGCCGGGUAACACAGGAUAACUGAAUAUUUUUUAUGCGAAACACUUGAUUUAACUAGUUGAUGAUAUAUUUAAUUGGAAUGUUCUUUGUUCUAAUAUAAUUAGUUUUCUUUUGUAUUUCAAUGUGAUUAUGAUUUGGUUGAUCUUUGAUUAAUAUUGUUGAAAGUUGAAUAAGAAUGAGAAUGUCAUAACUCUGGUACCAAAA